GAGUCUGUGACUUCGUCGGCUGUCAGCAAGCCCACCUUCACCCCUACCACUCUCAAGGCCCCCUUCCUCGAGCAGUUCACCGACGACUGGGAGUCAAGGUGGCAGAAGUCCGAGGCCAAGAAGGAAGGCACCGAGGAGGAAUGGGCUUACGUCGGUACCUGGAAGGUCGAGGAGCCUUCAGUCCUCCGUGGUAUUGAGGGCGACAAGGGUCUGGUUCUCAAGGACAAGGCUGCUCACCACGCCAUCUCGGCCAAGUUCCCCAAGGCCAUUGACAACACCGACAAGACUCUGGUUGUCCAGUAUGAGGCAAAGUUCCAAGCCGGCCUUGAGUGUGGAGGUGCCUACAUGAAGCUCCUCCAGGAUAACAGCGCCCUCCACGCCGAAGAGUUCUCCAACGCCUCGCCCUACAUCAUCAUGUUCGGUCCCGACAAGUGCGGCUCCACCAACAAGGUCCACUUCAUCUUCCGCCACAAGAACCCCAAGACCGGCGAGUACGAGGAGAAGCACCUCAAGAACCCUCCCAUGGCUCGCAUCAGCAAGCAGACCUCUCUCUACACCCUCAUUGUUCGCCCCGACCAGACUUUCGAGCUCAAGGUUGACGGCACUUCCCUCAAGAACGGCUCUCUCCUCGAGGACUUCACUCCCUCUGUCAACCCUCCCACCGAGAUUGAUGACCCCAAAGACAAGAAGCCCGCCGACUGGGUUGAGGAGGCUCAGAUCGCUGACCCCGAGGCUACUAAGCCUGCCGACUGGGACGAGGACGCUCCCUUCGAGAUUGAGGACACUGAGGCCGAGAAGCCCGCUGACUGGCUCGAGAACGAGCCUCUCCAGAUCCCCGACCCUGAGGCUGAGAAGCCCGAGGACUGGGAUGAUGAGGAGGACGGUGACUGGAUGCCUCCUCUUGUCCAGAACCCCAAGUGUGACGACGUUUCUGGCUGUGGUCCCUGGAAGGCUCCCAUGAAGAGAAACCCCGAGUACAAGGGCAAGUGGUCCGCUCCCAUGAUUGAGAACCCUGCCUACAAGGGUAUCUGGGCUCCUCAGAAGAUUGCCAACCCCGACUACUUCGAGGACAAGACUCCUUCCAAGUUUGAGCCUAUGGGUGCCAUCGGUUUCGAGCUCUGGACCAUGCAGAACGACAUCCUCUUCGACAACAUCUACAUUGGUCACUCCGAGAAGGAUGCCGCCGCUCUUGCUAAGGAAACCUUCGAGGUCAAGAACGCUGUUGAGAAGGCCGAGGAAGAGGCUACCAAGCCCAAGAAGGACGAAACCAAGGACACCCCCAAGUCUCCCAUGGACCUCAAGUUCGCCGACGACCCCGUUCUCUACGUCCGCGAGAAGCUCGAUCUCUUCAUCACCAUCUUCAAGCGUGACCCUGUUCAGGCUGUUCAAUUCGUUCCCGAGGUUGCUGGCGGUCUCGCUGUUCUCAUUGUCACCGUCCUCGCCCUUCUCCUUGGUGCCAUUGGUGGUGGUGCCGCUGCUGCUCCCAGCAAGGACCAGGUCAAGGCCAAGGCCGAGCAGGCCAAGAAGGCUGCUGUUGACACUAAGAACCAGGCUGCUGAGGCUGUCACCUCUUCCGCAAAGGCUGCCAAGUCUGAGGUUCAGCAGAGAAGC